UCUCCUCGCCAGCUGGCACAAAGUCUUUAUCCAUCCUCAUCGCCAUCGUCUCGACUCCCAGCGUCGAGCGAUGCUCUCGACACCACCCAUGGCGCCUAUCACGGCGCGUUGUGCAUGGACCUACGUAACAACCAGCCGCAGGCCAUUGCCGCGAGCAACCAAGUUAGCGCGUGUUGCGUUCAAUGACAUCUGUCGCUUCUAUCACUCGACGAGCAGACUUCACAAUGAGGUGAAACCUGCUCAGCCAAAAAUAACUGGCAUUCCUUAUUCCUCAUUGACAGUCGGCGUACCAUUGGAAACUUUCCCGAACGAACGACGUGUAGCCAUCACACCGCAGAAUACAGCCCUUUUGCUCAAGAAGGGUUUCUCACGCGUGCUAGUCGAACAUGGCGCGGGCUCCGAGGCGCAGUUUACAGACGAUGCUUACGCGAAAGCGGGCGCGACGAUUGUUGAUCGCGGUGCUAUCUGGAAGGACAGUGACAUCCUCCUCAAAGUCCGGGCACCCAGCCUUGAUGGACCGAAUAAGGAGGUGGACGCUCUACGCGAGAGUGGAACACUCAUCUCGUUCAUGUACCCUGCACAAAACAAAGCACUUGUGGAAGCGCUGGCCGCACGCAAGGCAACAUCUUUCGCUAUGGAUAUGAUACCCCGGAUUUCUCGUGCACAAGUUUUUGACGCGCUCAGCUCUAUGGCAAAUAUCGCUGGAUACAAAGCUGUAUUGGAAGCUUCUAAUCAUUUCGGUCGGUUUUUAACGGGACAGGUGACUGCUGCAGGGAAAAUCCCUCCAUGCAAGGUUUUGGUAAUUGGUGCAGGCGUAGCAGGGCUGAGCGCUAUCGCCACGGCUCGCCGUCUAGGCGCGAUCGUACGAGGUUUCGACACUCGGUCAGCCGCACGAGAACAGGUCCAAUCUCUCGGCGCCGAAUUCCUCGAAGUCGAAAUCAAAGAAGAAGGCUCCGGUACUGGCGGUUACGCGAAAGUGAUGUCCAAGGAGUUCAUCGAGGCUGAGAUGAAGUUGUUCAUGGAACAAUGUCGGGAUGUUGAUAUCGUUAUUACGACUGCUCUUAUACCUGGUAGACCGGCUCCGAAGCUUAUUACGAGCGAGAUGGUGGCAGCUAUGAAACCAGGUUCUGUCAUUGUCGACCUCGCGGCGGAAGCAGGCGGUAACUGCGCAGCAACAGUUCCAGGUCAAUUGGCAAUCAGCAAUGGUGUUAAAGUGAUCGGUUAUACGGAUUUGCCUUCUCGUCUGCCUACCCAGUCAUCCACUCUCUACUCUAACAAUAUCACGAAAUUCCUGCUAUCUAUCUCGCCUCAAGAAAAGCACUUCGGUGUAGACCUCACAGACGAAGUCGUGCGCGGCUCAAUCGUAACGUACAACGGCGAGAUCCUCCCAGUAGCACCUCGUCCAGCACCUCCCCCAGCUCCCGCUCCACCUACACAAACUGCAAAAGAAGCCGAGACGAAAGCGAUAACACCAUGGCAGCAGGCAACACGUGACGUCGCGACUGUAACGGCUGGUAUGGGUACAGCACUUGCACUUGGCAAGGCUACUGGACCGGAAUUCAUGAGUAAUGUCUUCACGUUUGGGCUUGCUGGACUUAUUGGAUACCGAGUCGUUUGGGGUGUAACACCAGCUUUGCAUUCGCCUUUGAUGAGUGUUACCAAUGCUAUUUCAGGUAUGGUCGGUGUCGGUGGAUUGUUCGUUAUGGGUGGUGGAUAUUUCCCUGGUACAAUCCCGCAAGCACUUGGAGCAUUAUCGGUUCUUCUGGCAUUCGUUAAUGUUUCUGGAGGAUUCGUGAUUACGAAGCGGAUGCUUGACAUGUUCAAACGACCAACUGAUCCUCCUGAAUAUCCUUGGCUGUAUGCGAUUCCUGGUUUAUUGUUCGGCGGUGGGUACAUCGCUGCGGCAACCACCGGUAUGGCCGGUCUGGUGCAGGCUGGAUACUUGGUCAGCAGCGUUCUGUGCAUUAGUUCGAUUUCUAGUCUUGCGUCCCAGACAACUGCCCGACAAGGUAACAUCCUGGGUAUCUUGGGUGUUGCCUCUGGUAUCCUUUCGUCACUUUUCGCCGUUGGGUUCUCUCCAGAGGUCCUCACUCAAUUCGCUGGUCUUGCCGGUAUUGGAAGCAUAAUUGGUGCUAUAAUUGGUCGUCGUAUCACUCCGACUGAGCUUCCACAGAUGGUGGCCGCGCUGCACUCAGUAGUCGGCCUUGCCGCCGUGUUAACAAGUAUCGGUAGCGUGCUCGGCGACGUCAGCCAUCUCUCUACUCUGCAUCUUGUGACAGCUUAUCUCGGUGUCCUCAUUGGUGGUAUCACUUUCACGGGCUCCAUCGUUGCUUUCUUCAAACUUGCUGGUCGCAUGUCCUCACGCCCGCUCGUUCUACCCGGCAGACAUCUCAUCAACUCAUCACUUCUGGGAGCAAACCUUGCUACGAUGGGUGCUUUUGUGACUAUGGCGCCCAAAGCACCGUUCAUCGCCGCUGGAUGUCUCGCAGCGAAUACUGUGCUAAGUUUUCUCAAAGGAUACACGACGACGGCUGCCAUUGGAGGAGCUGAUAUGCCUGUCGUUAUCACUGUCUUGAAUGCGUACUCAGGAUUUGCACUCGUAGCCGAAGGGUUCAUGCUUGACAAUCCACUCCUUACAACAGUAGGUUCGCUUAUCGGAGUCAGCGGUUCCAUUCUUUCGUACAUCAUGUGCGUUGCGAUGAACAGAUCCCUGACGAACGUUCUAUUCGGAGGAAUCGCGGCUCCUGCACAGAGCGAUUACAAGAUCGAGGGUCAGAUAACGAAGACGUCUGUUGACGAGACCGUGGAAGCCCUGAUGAAUGCCGAGAAUGUUAUUCUGGUCGUUGGUUACGGAAUGGCAGUCGCCAAAGCUCAAUACGCAAUUUCUGACAUCACUCGAAUACUGCGAUCAAAAGGCAUUAAUGUGCGAUUCGCUAUCCACCCAGUCGCUGGACGCAUGCCAGGACAAUGUAAUGUCCUACUCGCGGAAGCUUCUGUUCCAUAUGAUAUCGUAUUGGAGAUGGACGAAAUUAACGACGAUUUCUCCGAAACGGAUGUAACACUAGUAAUUGGCGCUAAUGACACCGUGAACCCGAUUGCGCUAGAGCCUGGCUCUGCUAUCGCGGGUAUGCCGGUGCUACAUGCGUGGAAGAGCAAGCAAGUGAUCGUCAUGAAGCGUGGAAUGGCAAGUGGCUAUGCCGAUGUUCCGAACCCUAUGUUCUACAUGCCGGGAACGAAGAUGCUCUUCGGUGACGCAAAAGAUACCUGUGAUGCCCUUAAACGCGGGAUCGAAUCACGCGUCGCGUAAUGAAGAAUUCUUCUGCGAUAUUCCGGAAAAACGUACAAGUGAGCAGAGGGGAAGUACAAAGUAACAUAUCGGACUGGUUCUCGGAAUCGAAUCACACCUCGCGCAGUAAUGUAUUCUUCCGCAAUAUUCCGGAAAGAUGUACAAGUGAGCGGAGGGGAUGUACAAACAGGCAUAUCGGACUGGUUCUUGCUUAUGCUUUCUUGGUUAAAACACUGACUCUUGUAUACAGCUGUGUAGAAUAGACGUUCAUUGCCUUUAUUUUUCUACGCUAACCAUCAUAUCUGACAUGUAUUUAUUCAUUUACUA